AGGCAUUGUUCGAAUGAAAAUGAAAGCGCUUACGAAGCAUAUCUUGAAAAUAUAAAAUAACUUAUGGAAGCGAGUCCUUAGUACGUCAUCGCAUUUGAAAUCGUCAGGUGAUCGAAGCUCUGCGACUGUGCAUCGAAGAAACAAACACAAUUUAUCGGCGGUUAACUAUACCUUCUGUAUCCUCAAAGGAGAGGAAUGGAUAGCGAGUACAAUCUUUUUACCAGUAACAUUAAGGAUACCGAGAAUCACGGGAUACAGACAGCGGAAGAAAUAACCUCAGCUCUAACUUCAUGUCCGUCUUCGAUGGCACUCGCUCAGCGGACAAUUACAGUAGCCAACUGUUCUAGCAGACACUUCAGUAACUCCCACCACACUCAAGUCCGGAGAAGUACUGAUGACAGGGAAGAAGAUUUACUUCUAGAGUCAGAGCUAGUGGACGACUUUGGAAGACCUCCUCACACGGACGCUUUUGAUACAGAAGCUCGUGAUCGGAUCGGAGAACUCUUAGAAUCUGCACGCUCUUCCGAGCAAUCCUCUCAGAAUGUAUCCUUACAGAGUAGAGCUGUUCCCCAACAGCAGUGUUGUAGCAUACAGCAGGCAACACAAAACGGCGAAUUGGCCGUGAAGUCUUCAACUAGACCUUCAAAGAGUACGGAUAUGCAACGAUUUUGUGAUCCAGAAUCAAGCCAUGGGCUCCAAAUGCCCUGUGUGAUUUUUAUGUUUAAAAGAGGAAUCAUUGCACGAGAUGAUUUAAUCCAUAAUCUCUACAUUAUACCAGUGAAGGACUUCAAGGAGGUUGAGCAAUCACAACCUGUUCAUCAUGGUGAGGUGCUUUUUAUCAUAUUUUAUGGUCAAUUGCAGAAGUUCCCAAAAAUCAAACAAUACGAAGGUGUUAUUUGCCAUGGCACCGAAUUCCCAAUGAUGGAGGAAACAAAAAUCCCACCAAAUCGCCUUUUCCAUCGUAUUCUGAUUGAUGGCACAUGUAAAGUGAACUUUGAAAUGGAUGCUGGUGAAACUUUCUCAAUUGUUUCCCCGCCUACGAUAGUUACAAAUAUCUCUGAGAUCCUUUCAAGGAGUAAAAAUCGUGUUGGGUGCGGAUUUUCAGCCACAGUCCUCAUAAGAUGCACAGGUGGGAAGGACGAGCUCUCCGAGGGCAACAUCUGCAUAAAAAUCCAAUGUGGAAACACAAAUUUACGUUUUACUAUGCCCGUAGCGUACUACGAAGCAAACACAUCACCUUGGCUGUAUAAUCCACAAGCAGUCACUGCCAUGCCUGACGAAGACAAGAAAGUUCUGCGUUCUUGCCAUGUUUCUCUCCUGGAGAAUAUUGGUGAUCCAAUCUGUAUAUGUGAUCACCUUUACCAGCACAAGAUCUUCGACAGUGAGGACAUGGAAGAGGUAGAGAAUAUGACAAAGAGUAGGGACCGCAAUGCCUUUUUGUUACACUCGAUUCAGACGAGGGGAAACAUCCUUGACCUCGUUAUUGACAUAAUGAGAGGCCAGCGAGAAAACCAGGAAGCAGCUGCCAUUUUACUGAACAAACGACGCCAUGGAGCUGAUCAAAAUAAUGACGACAAAUGAGGAUCUGCAUGCAGCACCUGCCAAUAUCUAAUUGAAAUUUUGCUGUGUUUAGUUUAAGUUAAUGUUUACUGAGCUGUGUGUUCAAUACCAUAUUAUUAUUUGCUUUAGAAAUAAUCAGUAAGAAAUUGCCCUGAGAGAACAAGAUUAAGCCAGUGAGGUUAAAGCAGUCUUUUAAUGUCAAAAGUGUUUUAGCUGCUAAGAAAAGCAGUAUAAUGGAUUAUAAUAUCACUUUUACUUUUUCCCAUUUGACUUCAGAAAUGGAAAUGAAAGAUUUUAUGGACAAUGAUUAGCUGUUUUCUGAAAGGUUUCUUACAUUUAUAUUAAAAUUUAUUGUAAAUAUUUUUUUUCAACCUUUGCACUUUUGUUGUCUAUUGUUUUAAAUCAGGUGCUGUGUACUUGAUGAAUGUCUACCUUUUGAAUCAUAUUAUCUAAUACUCAACUAUUACUGAUAUUACAACCAAGAAAUAGGGGAACUGUAUAAUUAGGUAGUGAUAUAGUGAUACUCCUCCGUUGUAUGAAGAUUGGCAAAUUUGGUGUAUUAGACAAUAUGGUCUUAAAUCAUUGUAGUUAACAUUUAAACUCCCAAGAUCUGAUUGUUUAUUCUCUCCUCUACUUCUACUUGAAAUUUUUUAUUAAUCUCAUUACCUGUUUUCUGGAUAACGUGGGGAUAUUGUAUAGAGAAUUUUUAAUGUUAAUCACUCAGAGAAUAAAAAGGUUAAAGCAGGGAGAUAUGGUUAAGGCUCUAUUACGUACAGCUUGCCCGUUUGUUAUGAUUCGAUGUUUUGUUCUCAACACAGUUUCGUAUUUCAUAGCAAAAUGUGCUUCUCUUUAAUUACUUAUGUUAAGUGUUUUGAGAGAAACUGUGGCCUUCUAGGAACAGAUGAUGUCCAAUGCCUAUGGGCGUCAUGUUCUACAUAUUGUAAUCAGUUUACGUACAGCUUGCCCGUUUGUUAUGAUUCGAUGUUUUGUUCUCAACACAGUUUCGUAUUUCAUAGCAAAAUGUGCUUCUCUUUAAUUACUUAUGUUAAGUGUUUUGAGAGAAACUGUGGCCUUCUAGGAACAGAUGAUGUCCAAUGCCUAUGGGCGUCAUGUUCUACAUAUUGUAAUCAUUUUUAUGUAUCCAAGGACCUAAAGUUUUCAAUUCUCUGAAAACAGAAAUCCAAAAUGUUGGCACAGUUUCUCUGUUGAAGUCUGAAUUGCGAACAUUGUGUAAAAUAAAUAAUGAAAGAUAGAUUCAACAUCACAUGUGUAAAUAUGUUAAUAUCCUCAGUCUGAGUCAAAUUCAAUCUGGAAAAUUGUUGUACUUUUAUUAUAGAAGAGGUGGAAAUUUUUUCUUUGUUCGUAAAGUCGAACGCUCCAAGACAACUUUCCGCUUUUAGGAAUUGAUUGUGUCCAUAGAAAAAUGUCCAAGCAUGCUUUAGCUCCAAAUGGAGACUGUUCUUGGAAUGGAGUUGCAAUGAUGAACGUGGGUUACUAACCAACUGCACGCUUUUAUGACAAGCAAGGCCAUGUAGACGAAUGUAAGUGGUAUAUGGAUAAUAUAUUUAAUGCAGUAGUAAAAGUAACACGCCAAAGAAUUAAACAACUCACAUCCUUGCCGAGUACCGUUUUUGUAGCUUAAUUUUUUUGGAUUGUAAAUUUAUUAAAAGAGAACUAUUGAAUAAAGUAUAGUUCGCUUUUGAUAA